AUGUCUCAAUCUCAAACGUUACCACUCAAGAGACAACAAGGUGAAAACCCCUCAGAUGAUGGUUCCACUGCUAUCAAACCUUCUCGCCUCAAAAUUUCCUUACCCUCUGAAGAUACCGACAAAAAGAAUGUCAACAAGAGAGUUAAAGAUGUUGAAAUUAGUGUCCCUAUAGUUUAUGGGACUGUUGCAUUUUAUCUGGGCAGGAAGGCUAGUGAGGCUCAAUCUCAUAGAUGGACUGUUUAUGUACGUGGAGCUUCUAAUGAAGAUCUUAGUGCGGUGAUUAAGAGGGUUGUGUUUCAGUUGCAUCCUAGUUUCAAUAAUCCUACAAGAGUUGUUGAGUCACCCCCUUUUGAAGUAACAGAAUGUGGUUGGGGUGAAUUUGAGAUAGCUAUCACCCUCUUUUUCCAUAGUGAUGCUUGUGAAAAACAGUUGGAUUUGUAUCACCAUUUGAAAUUAUAUCCUGAAGAUGAGUCUGGGCCGCAGACUACUAAGAAACCUGUUGUCAUUGAAUCUUAUAACGAGGUUGUUUUUCCUGAACCUUCGGAGGGGUUUCUUGCACGCAUUCAGAAUCAUCCUGCUGCUGUUGUUGUUCCUAGGCUACCGCCUGGUUUGAAUUUACCAAACCCGGUACCACAUGAUCAUAUGAAUGACAAGCAAAGAGGUGACACCAAAGAUCAUCCACUGAGCCAAUGGUUCUUGAACUUCUCGGAGGCUGAUGAGCUCUUAAAACUAGCUGCAGCCCGCCAACAGGUGCAAGCUCACAUUGUUAAGCUACGAAGGCAACUGACUUUGUUGGAAGGACAGUCAAAAUAG